AUGGCCAUCCAGAAGAAGCACGGCAAGGGUCGUCUCGACAAGUGGUACAAGCUGGCCAAGGAGAAGGGCUACCGAGCGCGAGCUGCCUUCAAGCUGAUCCAGCUGAACAAGAAAUAUGGCUUCCUCGAGAGGAGCAAGGUGCUCCUGGAUCUCUGCGCCGCGCCCGGAUCGUGGUGCCAAGUCGCAGCAGAGGCCAUGCCCGCCAACAGCCUCAUCGUCGGCGUCGACCUGGCCCCGAUCAAGCCCAUCCCGAAAGUCAUCACCUUCCAGAGCGACAUCACCACCGACAAGUGUCGCGCCACCAUCAGGCAGCAUCUCAAGACCUGGAAGGCCGAUACCGUGCUGCACGACGGCGCCCCCAACGUCGGCACGGCCUGGGUGCAGGACUCCUUCAACCAGGCCGAGCUCGCCCUGCAAUCCAUGAAGUUGGCCACCGAAUUCCUCGUCGAGGGCGGCACCUUCGUUACCAAGGUCUUCCGGUCCAAGGAGUACAACAAGCUUCUCUGGGUUUUCAACCAGCUCUUCGCCAAGGUCGAGUCGACAAAGCCCCCUUCUUCGAGAAACGUUUCCGCCGAAAUCUUCGUCGUAUGCCGCGGCUACAAAGCGCCUAAGCACCUCGACCCCAAGUUCCUCGACCCCCGCGCCGUCUUCGCCGAAUACGCCGACCAGACCCCGAACAACGAAGCCAAGGUGUUCAAGCCCGAAGUCAAGAAGCGGAAGCGAGACGGCUACGAGGAGGGCGACUAUACGCAAUUCAAGGAGAUACCCGCGAGCGACUUCAUCGAGACCGCCGAUCCUAUAGCCAUCCUCGGCAGUUAUAAUAAGCUGUCUUUUGAGCAACCACGUAACGGCAAUGUGGCGCUCGCCGCCUUGGACAAGAUGCCGGAGACCACCAGCGAGGUUAGAAUAUGCUGCGCGGAUUUGAAGGUGCUAGGGCGUAGAGAAUUCAAACUCCUGCUGAAAUGGAGAUUGACUGCCCGCGAGGCCUUUGGGCUGCCUACCAAGAAGGCCUCGAAGCCUGCUGUUCCGGAGGAGGUCGCAGAAGUCGAGCCGAUGGAUGAGGAAUUAAAGAUACAAGAGGAGCUUCAGGCGCUGAAAGACAAGGACAAUUCCAGGAAGAAGCGCGAGAGACGGAAGGAAAACGAGAAGAAGCAGAAGGAGAUCGUACGGAUGCAGCUUCACAUGAUUGCCCCGAUGGACAUCGGCAUGGAACAGUCCGGCCCCCUCGGCCAGGAUUCGAUGUUUGCGUUGAAGCCCAUCGACAAGCAGGGCGCGGUCAAUAAGGUUGCGAAGGGAAAGAUGGCUGUCAUAACGGAGACAGACGCUAGGCAUGAGCGGGACAGCGGCAUCGGGUCCUCGGGCGAGACGGACGACGAGUCGGACGAGGAUGGCGACCGUCUGGAACGCGAGCUGGAUACCAUGUACGACCAGUACAGGGAGAAGAAGGCAGAAGCGGACGCAAAGUACCGGGCGAAGAGGGCCAAGGAGGAACACGAUGACGGCGAGUGGGAGGGGCUGUCGGCUGACGAACAGCAGUCCAGCGACGACGGCGAGCUCGACAUGGACAGCAGCGACGAGUCUGACGGUGACGACUCGUCUCCCUCGAAGCCGCUCCUCACGGAUCUGGACAACGGGCCGGCAGGGUCCGGGGGCCUCUCGAAACGAGCCACCAACUUCUUCAGCCAAGACAUAUUUAAGGACAUACCAGGAAUACACGACGAGCCAGAACCCGAACCUGAACCCGAGCUAGACGGGGGCGAAGCUGCCGAUACGGACGAAGACGGCGAAGACGCUGACCUUUCGGCACCGACAAAAGAGAAAUCAAAAGCCAAGAAGGAAAAAACGAAACCAAAGGAAGUCGAUGGAUUUUCCGAGUCUGAGGAUGACGACCGAGACGGCCGCUUCGAGGCUGUGAAGCAAGAUCUGCCCGACGACUGGGAGGAGCAAGAUAAACGUCUGCCCGACGGAAGACCAAGAGCGCCGCGAGCAGACAUCGACAUCAUCACGGCCGAGGCGAUGCAGCUAGCGCACCAGCUGGCGACGGGGCAGCGGACGCGGCACGACGUGGCGGACGACGCGUUCGACCGGCGGUUCGCGCGGGACCGGGAGGGGCUGCCGGAGUGGUUCGCGGACGACGAGGCGCGGCACGACCGGGGGCCGCAGCGGGCGGUGACGGCGGCGGCGGCGGCGGCGGCGCGGGCGCGGGCGCGGGCGGUGAACGCGCGGCCGAUCAAGAAGGUGCGGGAGGCGCGGGCGCGCAAGAAGCUGCGGGCGGCGCGGCGGCUGGAGAAGGCGCGGCGGCGGACCGACGCGCUGGCGGCCGAGGAGGGCAUGACGGAGCGCGAGAAGGCCGACGGCAUCGCGCGCGUGCUGGCCGGCGCGGCGAGGAAGGCCGGCGCCGCGGCGCGCCGCCCCGCCCCCAAGCUCGUCGUCGCCCGCGGCGCCAACCGCGGCAUCAAGGGCCGCCCCCGCGGCGUCAAGGGCCGCUACAAGAUCGUCGACGCCCGCAUGAAGAAGGAGCUCCGCGCCCAGAAGCGGAUCGCCAAGACGAAGACGAAGACGAAGUAGGCGGGUUGCGGCGCGAAGGAAAGGGUGUUAAUAGUUAUUGUAUUCUUGAAGACAAAAAGGGGCAAAGGGAAGAGAGAGAAGGACAGGAACUAGGCGGGAGGAUGACUGCUUCUGGGUGGAGUAUAUACGUGAUGGUAUAUAUAUAUAUAUAUAUACAUACAUACACUGUGAAUGCCACGCUGUCUUAGACGUAUAAUACCACUGUGGUCAUACAAGUUACGCAAGACUGCGUAUGCUCUAGUCUUCACUUGGAUUUGCACAGAGCCAGGCCGCCUAGCUCUAUCUACCCGGGUUAUUGGUAUCUCUGACGAACAACUUGACUCGAUUUUUAGUCCCUCCCUCCCUUUUUUUCUCCCUCCUUCUGCCCGAUAAGCCGCCCG